CGAUGCGCCGGUGAGCCUCGCACCGGGAGCCCGGCGGCCACCCCCUAAAUCAUCCACAGACAAGCUUAUGAGAAAAAUAGAAGGAAGAAGGCCAAAGAGGCAUGCCAGAGAAGGAAGUUUGCAGAGUCCAAGGAGUUCAGAGAAGAGUGCGGUGGGACUGCCUCUGAGAGGGAGUAUUUGCAUCACUAAUUCUUGACGGGUUUACCUUCUGGGACUCCGACCUUGGACUGCUGCCGGGACAUUUGUCUUGGACUUGGCUGCUGAGCUGGUUACUAAGGAGUUUCACUGGAGCAUGACUUCGAAUAUGACUCUUCAGUAAUGCAGAGACUGUAUCCUCCCUGGGCCUACCUUGGAAGCUAGAUCUGCAGCUGCCCUUCAGUCAUGGUUGUUUCAAGAUUAAAAGCCAUUUCCCUGUCAUUGCCAAGCCUUUUUCUUCUUGCUUUUCAUCUCUCAGCAUCACAGAAUGUACCUGAAUAUUCUGAAGCUGAACAUCAGCAAUGUGUCAGGAAAGAACACCCCACAAUUGCUUUUGAAGAUCUGAAGCCCUGGGUGUCGAAUUUCACCUAUCCAGGUGUGCAUGACUUUUCUCAGCUUGCACUGGAUGCCAACAGGAACCAGCUCAUUGUGGGAGCAAGGAACUACCUCUUCAGACUUAGUCUACACAACAUUUCUCUUAUUCAGGCAACAGCAUGGGGUUCAGAUGAAGACACCAGGAGGUCCUGUCAAAGUAAGGGGAAAACAGAGGAAGAGUGCCAGAACUAUGUCCGAGUGCUGAUUGUUUAUGGCAAGAAGGUUUUCACCUGUGGUACCAAUGCCUUUUCACCGGUGUGUUCCAGUCGACAGGUAGGGAAUCUUAGCAAAAUCAUUGACAGAAUUAAUGGAGUGGCUCGGUGCCCGUACGACCCUCGGCAUAACUCGACAGCUGUGAUUACAUCACGAGGAGAACUCUAUGCUGCAACUGUAAUUGAUUUCUCUGGACGGGAUCCCGCUAUUUACCGCAGCCUUGGAAACGUUCCCCCACUCAGGACAGCACAAUACAACUCCAAAUGGCUCAACGAGCCUAACUUUAUUGCCGCCUACGACAUCGGUUUGUUCACCUACUUCUUCUUCCGUGAGAAUGCGGUAGAACAUGACUGUGGGAAAACGGUGUAUUCUCGGGUGGCAAGGGUUUGCAAAAAUGAUAUUGGAGGGAGAUUCCUGCUGGAGGACACGUGGACAACUUUCAUGAAGGCCAGGCUGAACUGCUCCCGUGCUGGAGAAAUCCCUUUCUAUUAUAAUGAACUGCAAAGCACCUUCUACCUUCCUGAGCAAGAUCUGAUCUAUGGUGUCUUCACUACUAAUGUAAACAGCAUAGCUGCCUCAGCAGUGUGUGCCUUCAAUCUAAGUGCCAUCACUCAGGCUUUUAACGGCCCUUUCCGUUACCAAGAAAACCCAAGAUCAGCCUGGCUGCCAACGUUAAACCCCAUUCCUAAUUUCCAGUGUGGCACACUGAGUGAUGACAGCCCUAACGAGAACCUGACGGAGAGAGUCCUGCAGGAUGCGCAGCGUUUGUUCCUGAUGAACGAUGUCGUGCAGCCGGUGACAGUAGAUCCCUACGUGACUCAGGACAGCAUUCGAUUUUCCAAACUGGUGGUUGAUAUUGUUCAGGGGAAGGAUACUCUCUACCACGUGAUGUAUAUUGGAACAGAGUAUGGCACCAUCUUGAAGGCCCUUUCUACCACUAACAGGAGCCUGAGGAGUUGUUAUUUAGAGGAAAUGCAGAUCCUCCCUAAUGGACAACGGGAAGCAAUCAAGAGCCUCCAAAUCCUGCACAGUGACAGGUCGCUCUUUGUGGGCUUAAAUAAUGGAGUGUUAAAAAUUCCUCUGGAGAGAUGCUCCAUGUACAGAACAGAAGGGGAAUGCCUAGGAGCCAGAGACCCUUAUUGUGGCUGGGAUAACAAGCAGAAGCGAUGCACCACCAUUGAGGACAGCUCCAACAUGAGCCUAUGGACUCAGAAUAUUACUGAGUGCCCAGUGAAAAACCUAACAACAAAUGGAAGAUUGGGGCCUUGGUCCCCAUGGCAACUGUGUGAGCAUUCGGAUGGGGACAGCACAGGCUCCUGCAUGUGUAGGUCACGUUCAUGUGACAGCCCACGUCCUCGCUGCGGAGGUCGCGGCUGUGAAGGGGCCAGGAUCGAGGUCGCAAAUUGCUCAAGAAACGGCGCUUGGACACCCUGGUCCUCCUGGGCCCCGUGUAGCACCUCCUGUGGCAUAGGCUUCCAGGUCCGGCAGCGAUCCUGCAGCAACCCUGCUCCUCGCUACGGGGGCAGGGUCUGCGUUGGACAGAGCAGGGAAGAAAGAUUCUGCAAUGAGAACAGUCCAUGUCCAUUACCGAUUUUUUGGUCUUCGUGGGGUCCUUGGAAUAAAUGCAGUGUGAAUUGUGGUGGAGGGAUUCACUCAAGGCAGAGGUCCUGUGAAAAUGGAAAUACAUGUCCGGGCUGUGCUGUGGAAUAUAAGACCUGCAACCCAGAGAGCUGCCCGGAGGUGCGCAGGAACACACCCUGGACCCCGUGGAUGCCCGUCAACAUCACCCAGAACGGCGCCCGGCAGGAGCAGCGCUUCCGCUACACGUGUCGUGCCCAACUGGCUGAUCCCCACGAGCUGCAGUUUGGGAGGAAGAAAACUGAGAGUCGAUUCUGUCCCAACGAUGGCUCAGCAGUGUGUGAUACUGACUCUCUUGUUGAUGACCUCCUCAAGACCGGUAAGACCUCUGCACGGAUAAUCAACGGGGGCUGGUCCUUUUGGGGGGCCUGGUCUUCCUGUUCCAGGGACUGUGAGUUGGGCUUUAGGACCAGGAAGAGAACAUGCACAAACCCUGAACCUAAAAAUGGUGGCUUGCCCUGCGUGGGGUCUGCAAUGGAGUACCAAGACUGCAACCCGCACCCCUGCCCAGUGAAAGGUUCAUGGUCUUGCUGGACUCCUUGGUCUCACUGCUCAGCAACCUGUGGAGGAGGCCACUACCAGCGCACUCGAACGUGCACCAACCCAGCUCCGUCUAGCGGAGAGGACAUCUGCAUUGGUCUGCACACUGAGGAGGCCCUUUGCAAUACGCACCCAUGCGAAGGUGGCUGGUCAGAGUGGUCAGAGUGGAGCCUGUGUAAUGAAGAGGGCAUCCAGUACCGCAGCCGGUACUGCAAGAUACACAGCCCAGACCCUUCUCAGUGCGUCGGAAACAGUACGCAGUACCAAGAUUGCCUGUACAAUGAAAUUCCUGUGAUCCUGCCAGCCUCCAGCAUUGACGAGAGCACAAAAUGUGGAGGUUUUAGUCUCAUCCAUCUGAUUGCCACUGGGGUCUCCUGCUUCUUCGGCUCCAGCCUCUUAACAUUUGUGAUUUAUGUGUACUGCCAGCGCUGUCAGAGGCAGUCCCAGGAGUCAACCGUUAUCCACCCAACCACUCCCAACCAUCUCCAUUACAAGGGCAACACAACCCCCAAGAACGAGAAGUACACCCCUAUGGAGUUCAAGACACUUAACAAGAACAAUUUGAUACCAGAUGACAGGACCAACUUCUACCCGUUGCAGCAAACCAACGUGUACACAACGACCUAUUAUCCCAGUACACUGAACAAAUAUGACUACAGGCCCGAGGCCUCCCCCGGAAGGACCUUUACCAACAGCUGAUGAUGGACUCAUCCUACAGGACUGGAUCACUUCUACAUGAAUUUUUUUUAACUGAUUCUAUGGACCAAAUCCUGGCCCAGCCUCUAGAUGUAAAUAUUGUACAGUAGGGUCUCCUUAUUUUUUUUUUCUUCUCCUUUGAUUAAUUGUAUUUCUUGUAAACAGCACAUCUCCUUACAAGGACAAAAAUGCAUCUGGACCAUUCUGCAGAGCUUUUGUGGAUGUUUGGCUGGAGAUGGCUCUUACUACUGCAACUGUUUAUGGCUGGAAGAUCAGCGUUGCUGUCCAAGGCCGACGUUGUCGAGGAGGUGGCUGUGUGCCGGGCUCGUUGGCCACCACGCAGCAGCACACGGGUGCACUCUGAGCCAGGCAAGAGGUGGCCUCCUGGAGCAGGGGUGUCUGCCUGGUGAGAAGCAUCCUUCCUGAGACAGGACAGCACCGGUGUACCGGCUGUCACGCAGCUCAUGAGACAGGCCAAGCGGGACUCCAUCGCGCCAACAACUUGAAGAACGUUUUCUUUUCCUUUUCCUUUUUUUUUUAUUUUUGAUUUUUUUAAUGUUUCUGAAAAAAGAAAAAAUAUUUAAAAAAAAAACAAAACAAGAAGUGACUUUCUAGGGCAGUGUUCCCUGUACCUUCAACAGAAUCUUUUCAUAUUACAGGAAAUACUCUCCGUGGCCGCCUUUGGUAACAUACAGCUCAGCUGAUGAGAAACAACACACCAACAAAGUGCGUUACCCAAAGAAGCUUUCCAGAAUGUUUCCAGUCUUAAUUAAAAGGAAAUUACACAGGCAGUGAGACACUGAGGAAAGUAAAUGUUGGAAAAACAUCGGAGAAAUGAACUUGGAGUGCCUAACAAACAAAGAUGUUUAUAUCACUGGAAAAAAAAAAGAUGUGAUGAUUGCCUCACAAGAGCCAUGGGCUUUUUCUUUUUGCUUUCUUCCUUUUUCUUUGUUUUUUCUCUUCUGAGAUGCUGUUAACUCUUUUUGUUCCAGCUCUGAUCCUGAUUGCAGUUUGCCAGGAAAGGCAACUUUAGAGGCCACGCUCUUCUUGUGGGAAAUCGCCAUGGUUUGGGCUAUUUUUUCCUCGUGUUUUAUUGUUGGCUUUUAGUUUGUUUACUUUCAAAGAGCGAAUAAUUCUGACUUUGCAAGGGGAGGGUAUUUUUGUAAGGAAUGUUUCCAUAGUCUGACAUGACCCAGAAAGUCUGCUGCACAUUCUUAUAGCGUCUUCCAGUCAGUACUCUAUGAAAUAGUAACACAGCUGAGUAAUGUGCAUUGUUUGCCAGUAUUUCUUUAAUUUUCCUGAACAAAAACAACCCGAGGAACAAAUGCUGCUGCGGCUAUUGAAGUAAAUUGGGGCGGUAGCAUUAUUAAACAGUAUAUCCAGCCUUGAGAUGUAAUUUUGUGUAUGUGUGUGACCGUGUCUAUAAGAACUGUAUUAGUUUGAUGCAGAAGCCAUGUUGUCUACAACCAGAUGUUUGUCUGACAUAAUUGUUUGGCAAAACAAAAAAAGGAAACUUAUUGCUGGUGCUUAAUGUACAACUACAUCCAAUGUGUUAGCAACGUGAACAAGUUCACCGCUGUUAUCAUUCAGUGUUUCUAAAUAUUUAUAAUGAACUCCUGAUGCUAAGGAUUUUAGAAUGUCGCGAUACCGAGCAUGAGAUAAAAGUACACCCUGAAACGUGCAUGAGCUCACGUGGUCCCGAGCUUGGCUUUGUUGUCUGCAUCUUGCUCGAGCGCUUGCCGUGCCCGAGCUUGGCCGGUGCCUCGCCCGUGUUCCCAGCGGUCCCGUUUGUCCUCGCUUUAUUUCGGCUCUCUCUGUAAGCUGACACCGAUCGUUUCUCAGUGCUGUUCCCUUGCCAGUUACUUGUUUGGUGCCCAGCCUGGGCUGUGUGCUCAGCUCUUUCACGUAGGCAGCCGGUAGGAAAUGAAGAGAGACUGUGUUGCUCGUGACAAGUAUAUUGCUUUUCCCGUGAGGAAAAGCCAACAUGGCUCUGUAAGCCUGUGCUACGGUGGUUUGACCAGGAGGCAAGAAUAAAGUAGCCUCCCAUUUUUAAAUUACUUUGUUCAACUUCAGUUUGCAGUGAUUGAAGGCUGUAGGGGUAUUUGUAAUAAAGUGGGGUUAUUAGCACUGCCACGAGAACACCUUAGGCUCAGUGGUGCCCGUCAUUUUCAGCAGCUGUUUUUCCUAAUUUAGCAGCUCAUCCUGCUUCUGCUCUGGUCUCAUCAGCUGAAACAGAGGGAACAGAGGAAGAGAGAGAGACAGAGGUGCCCUUGAGUAGAUGUACUCGCAUUUGGAGCAGUGGGGUCAGGAGCUGAUGGAGACCUUGAAGCUCUGUCUGAAGCAGCCUGCUGCAACCAAGCAGGCACAGUGCCUUGGUGGCCCUCAGCCCCCUGGUAAUGUUGCUGGGACGAGAGCAGCAGGAGUGAAGCAGGAAAGCCUUGGGAGCAGGUAGCAGGGCCUGCAGGGGGGGUUCUUCCCAGGCCUCUAAAUCCCACCUGAGGAGCGAUGACUUUGUACCUCGUGCCAGGACGAGUUUGCCCCAUCUCACUGAAUGUCUGCAUCUCCCUCAGCAACACUGACAAUCCUGACUUAAGGUAGUUCUAACAAACAACUAUGUAGCCCAGUGGUUGAAAAUUAUUACAUUAGACUAUCAGAAUGGGAUUUCCCAGCUUUAAUUUAUGUGAUUCAGAAGAAAACAUUGGCUCCCAAGAUCUCACCCAGACCACUGUAAAACUAAAGCCAUCUCUGAGCUUCCCCUGCAGAAGAUUCCCUGCAUCUACACAUUCUGCAGUUGCAAUGCACGUGGCAGGAUUGCAGCUGGAGUUUCAGGGGAUGCCAGCAAGUCAAAUCUGGCAAAUAUUUUAAUUUUCCAUUUUUUUCCUUCUUCCUUGGGGUUUUUUCCUUCCUCCUCAAGCACUUUUCCAUUUUUGGCUUCACAGAAUAACACCAUGUAAACCGAUUUUCUCUGGUUUUUUUCCUGCCAAGUGCCACAGAGCAGCUGAAAUGUUUUAACUGUACAGCCCACCAAGACAGGUCAUUACUGCCAUUGUGAUCAGGAGGUAGGUAUUUUGUGGGCUUUUGGAGGGCAGAUGCUUCGAGAGUGUUGCGUGUGGUUAUAGCUUCAUCGAGACGUUCCUCCUUACCAACCCCUUUUUAUAUAAUUGGCAAUCACGGCAAGGGUCUGUAGACUCCAUUUGAGCAGAAAGUAGAAUCCAGGAGAGAGUGAGAGAAAGGAAUGAGAAUGGCUGUUACUCAAUUAUUGUUUGCAUGAGAGUGCAGUUCUAUAAGGACGACGUUAAUGCGGUAUGAGAGUUGCUUUUUUUAUGAGCUCUCUAAUGCGUGGCAGGUUAAUGACACCAUGUUCAGUGAGAUUCUUGCCAGCCAGGUAAUUCGGCAGCUUGAUCAUCAGGUCUGUAAUGUUUACAGCAGCUUGAAUUGCUCCUACAGCUGGAUGUUAAAACUUGCUAAAUUUUCCUGUUCCUAAGGCCAUUGGGCAUUGGAAGUGCAUUUACUUUGGGAGCAUUGCUUUCCAAGUCUCUCAUCCCACUCUAGCUAUGGUUUUUUCAUUCACUUCUAAGACAGAGAAGGGGAAACUUGGGCAGAUCCUGUGUUGGGCCAGAGACCCUAGUUCUCUGCAAACCCCUUGGAUAGGAUUCUGGUAUACAGUGUGCAAAAUAUGGUGGAAAUCUUACAGCCACAUAUGUAGCAGAAACAUCUUCUCUUAUGCCAUUCCUCUUUCUCUUUCCAUGGCAGUGGCUGCCUCCCUCCCUCCAGGAGGACUCUGGCUUUUGGCCUUACCCAGGCUGUCUUGUGCUGUUGCUGUCAGGCUUAGUAACUUGUGCAGCUCACUAAUAGACAAACCACUCGACGAUGAAACCACGACAUAAGAGGUGCUGUUGCUCUAAAGGUGCACUUGAAUGUUCAGCACACAAGCCAGGGCUGCUCUUAAAUCUAUAAACUGUACAGACAUUACAGGAGAAGAGUAUGUAUUGUCUUACCACCGCUGUUCCUAAUGCCUUACGUUCAGAUAAUGAGAUGGUUGGUUUGAAAUCAACAGAGAGGAGGGAAGGAGUGCACGUCCCAUGCAGACAAUUUGUCACCUCCGAUGUUAAUCUGAUGUUAAGCCCACCUGGGCAGAAAAUUGCUGUCCACUGAGAUUGAUUUAUUCUUUGUACCAAAUGUAGU